UUUUAUGACAACAUCAUCGGUCCCCAUUUGUCAAUUGUCUUGUCACGCCGGCAUGCUUCAGUCCAUCACUUAACAUGGACGACUUCCCAUGGGACCAGGUGGAUUCCGGCAACCUGGAGAGUCUGCAGGUCGUUCUCUUCUCGAGUUCGACUGCUCGCAGAAUCCGUGCUCUCCAGGAGCUCCGCGAUAGAAUCGCUUCCACGUUACCUUCUCAUAUCCGUCAGCCUGUCAUUGGCCUUCUUUUCAAAACUUAUCCUCGCUAUGUCGAUCGUCCCUCGCGCCAGGCCGUUCAACAAUGUCUCCGCGAGCUGCUCAAGGCUCCCGUGCCGACCGAUGACUUGAAAUACUUCACGCAGAAACUGCAGAACGAAGCUGCGAAACCCGCACUGGCUCCCGGUCCGGCCUUGGUGCUUGUCGAAUGGUGCUCAAUUGUGCUACAGGUCUUGGCUGAGGACCCCGAGGCCCCGCUGUCGGCCGCUCUGGACACAAUUGCGGUGGACGCGAAGGCCCUGAAUAUCUGUCUGGCUGCUGCUGGUCCCAAGCAGGCUGUGAAAGUUUCCGCUCUUCGAGUCACUAGGCGUGCGCUACGUGCUGUCUUUGGCUCCGUUCCUUGGGGUGAAGAUGCAAUCCGUCAGUCUGUCCAGCGGUUGACCAGCGACACUGCCGCGGGACAAAAGAAUGCACCCUUGCUUGGCGUCAUCUCCGGGGUCUGCGCUCGUCUCCCCUCCAGGAAGCCAAUCCUGGAGGAGCAAAAGAAAGCCAUCAUUGCCUUUUACAUCAAAGAACUGGUCGGUGCCAAGUCUGCUGUGCCAUCUCAUAUCGCCGAUGCAUUGGGCGACUUCUUCGUCGCUUUCGUUACUUAUGAAGAUGUUGCGUCCGAAUUAACGCCCCCUAUCGAAAAGGCCAUGCUGCGGUCCCCCGAAGUGGUCCUGAGUGGCUUGCUUUCAUCUCUCUGCUCCUCGCUGCCGGAUGGAUUUGAUCUUGCGGAGCUUCUACAUUCUCGACUAUUGAAGCAUCUUUUGUCGAGUAUGAAGUCAGCCAACCCAGCAAUCAGACAAGGUGCCGUCCGUUCCUUUGAAGGCCUACUUUCCAAGUCUAAGAAUGACAGCCUUCUGCUGAAGGUCACUAGCGAAGUCGUUGGUCCUCUCAAAACUCAAAAGAUUACCAACCCGGAACAACGUGCCGUGUACGCGCAAGCCGUUGCUGCUAUCCUGCCUUCUGUCGACAUUUCAAAAGAAGUGAUUCAAGGUCUCGUCCCUGUUUUCUCGCGUGAAUCCAACGAAGCCGCCUUGGAGCAGGAAAUUAAAUCGUUCUGCAGGCAUUUGGCAUUCCUUGUACAAUCCAAAGUCAGGAUCAACGACGAUGUCGUUGGUGCAAUCGUCAAGGGCUCCUCCGAUAAACGGGUACCUUUCAAGAAGCUCUGGCAGCUUAACGUCAGCGAAGUAUUCUGGCAGGUAGAAUCGUCGACUUUGGAAAGUGUCGAGGUUGAACCGCUCGUCAACAAGUACCUCGCCAAGAUGAAAGAACUGUAUACUGAGGUCUUCACCAAUCCUUUGCCUUCUGCUCAGGGCGGAUCUUUAUCUACAGCUUACAUCUACCUUGCCCUAUUGAAGCGUUCCUCUUCCCUCUCAGGUUUCAAUGCGGCAGCCUGGGACGAGACUAUAGCGCAGACAUUAAUGCUUAGCCCCAAGCCAUCUUUCUUGGUCAACCCCAAGGCAUACUCUAAACUAGCUUCUCAGGCCGAGCUUCAGUGGGCAGUAAGAGCACUUGCUGCAGUUACCACUAGCUCCAAGUUUGACGAUGCUGAAGAUGCAGCCAAGACUGCAUGGGCCCAGGCUUUCAUUUACAGUAUCACUGCACCUGCACUUCACACUAGCUUCCGUGACGAAUCUGCACGCGCACUGACCGAGGUCUAUCUGAAGAAUGUGGCUAGCAUCAGCCGGACUAUUAUUGAUGGCCUAUGGGCUUGGAUUCUUGCUUUCAGAACAGGCGAAAAGGAAUCUGCGCCAGUUUCCGCGGGUCUCGAGAGUGAAAAACACCUUCAUCUCGUUGUGAAGGCCAUUUGUCCGCCUUCUUCCAUAUUGCAAGGCGUGGAAAAUAUUACAGCUGAUCUGAAAAGCCAGCUUGUCAAUCUGCUUCUCCUUUGUCGACCUGAAUUGAUUCCGAAUGCAUCGUGGAUCACCCUGUGUCUUAGAACCGGUACUGAUCCUGGUGAUUUGGUGCGCGAACUUGCAGACGAUUGUUUGAAGCAAUUGACUCGUGUGCAGGAGGAUCCCGUACAGUCCAAGGUCCCUCAACUCAAUGCCGCUAUUUGGAGCGCAGCCGGCGAACUGGCCUUUGUAGCUCCGGAUGCUAUGGUACCUAGACUUGUUGCUCAAAUUCGGGAGGACUUGGAUGUAUCGCGUGUUUCAAAGUUCACCCCGACUGAUGUUGCCAUCGCACGCACUCCUGAGGGAACCAUGUUCGUUGAUGUGCUUAGCACCAAGUCAAAGCCAAGUUUCGAUAAGAACAACAAGGACUAUAAUAUCCUCAAGUGGGAGGAAGAGCUACGGGUGCAACUGGCAGAAAAGAAAGGUCAAAAGCCAAAGAAGCUUACUGCUGAUGAGCAGGCCAAGGUCAACGCUCAGCUUGCUAAAGAGUCUAAGAUCCGUGAAGAGGUUCUCGAGGAGAUUAAGAGAAUAGAAAGGGGAACUGGGAUCAUUCAGGGCCUCGCUAGUGGCCCAGCGAUUGACGCAGAUGGCUGGAUCAACCCUGCUGUGAGCGCCUUGCUUGCACUGGCAGAAGCUGGUGCAGGCUUGUUUGCUGGUGAUGUUGUUACCAAGGCCUAUCUCAAAUGCUCAGAAAAACUUUCUUCACGUCUCGGUCCCCUGCGGUCCUUCGUGGGUGUCGCAACUCUUCGCGCGAUCGGCCAGACACAUCUACCAACUGAGAUGGAGGCUGAGUCACUUGGGCAACUCGUCACCAGGAUCCUCUACCGUUUGCGCUUUGCGUCUGAACAACGCCCUCUCGACAUUUCGUCCUUGGCAUACGUUCUUCCCUUGCUGUUCUUGAUCCUCAGUCGAAAUGGAAUAGAGGAACAGAAAGGAGAAGAAGAAGGCGAGCAGGUUCUCCUUGCCAUUGAAGUUUUGUCUUUCCAUGCAAGCUCUUUUGCCGAUGACCGUCUUCCACGUGUUGAGGUUCUGAACCACUUGCUCUCAGCAAUGCAGAGAUACACCCAGCACUAUAAGCUUAUCAAGGAUACUCUUUUCGACUUUUGCAGGUCUAUCUCAUCAAAUAUCUCUAAGGAUGAGCUGGAUGUUCUGUUGAGGGGGACGAUUGUUUCUGAGGUGUCUGUGCGCACAUCUGUCCUACAGGUCAUUGAAGCUGAAAUCGACUUGACCGAUCUCGAUUUCUCGGAGCACAUAUGGCUGGAAUGUCACGACCAUGUCGAGGAAAAUGCAGAAAUUGCUGAGAGCAUCUGGGAAGAAAACGCGCUCGAGGUCGAUGAUGCCUCGUAUGGAAAGAUCAUUCCUUACCUCGCCUCGAAGGAUUCGCAUCUCCGCGGUGCUGCUGCUCGCGCCUUGGCCCACGCAAUCGAGUCAAAUCCCUCUGUCUUUGAUGGGAUUGUUUCGGAGCUGGAGGCAAAGUAUUGUGUCGAGGUUCAGCCUAAAGUUCCUGAGAAGGACAGUUAUGGAAUGCCCAAGAAAAUGGACCUGACCGACCACUGGGAAUUCCGCAGUGGCAUCGCUCUUGCAUUCGGUGCCAUGACGAAUCUAUUUGAGGGCGAGCAAGUUGUCGAAUUUCUGCGUUUCCUGAUUGAGAGAGGCCCACUGAUUGACAAGAGCUCCGUGGUCAGAUCCCAGAUGGCGGAGAGUGGUCGAUCCGUUAUCGGGGCACGUGGCCAGCAGGCGGUGGAAGAGCUCAUGAAACUCCUCGAGACUACAUUGGAAACAUCCGAUAAGGGUAGUGAAACUUCUGACCUCCUCAAUGAGGCUGUGGUCGUCCUAUACGGUUCCCUGGCGCAACAUCUCAAAGCAGACGAUCCCCGUCUGCAGACGGUCCUGAAGAAGCUCCUGGGCACUCUUCCUACGCCUUCAGAGAGCGUGCAGUCUGCAGUUUCCGGGUGCUUGCCACCCCUCAUUCGACUCUGCGGUCCUCAACAAAGCGGACAAUAUGUCAAGGAAAUGUUGGAUCAGCUCUUACAGUCCAAGAAGUAUGCUACUCAACGCGGUGCAGCCUAUGGACUCGCUGGUAUUGUCAGUGGCAGAGGUAUCUCUACACUGCGCGAAUUUCAAGUGAUGGCACAUCUUCAGGACGCUUCAGAGAACAAGAAAGAGCCGCAUCAGAGACAGGGUGCUUUGUUGGCGUACGAAUUAUUUGCGACCAUUCUGGGUCGUACUUUUGAACCAUACGUUAUCCGAAUCGUCCCGCAACUCCUCGCUAGCUUCGGAGAUGUGAAUGCAGACGUCCGUGAUGCCUGCCUUGAUGCAGCCAAGGCCUGCUUUUCGAACCUUAGCUCUUAUGGUGUCAAACAGAUUCUUCCCACUCUUCUUGACGGGCUCGAUGAUACACAAUGGCGCAGUCAGAAAGGGGCCUGUGAUCUCUUGGGAGCCAUGGCUUAUCUGGAUCCGCAACAGCUGGCGGCCAGUCUGCCCGACAUUAUCCCUCCACUAACUGUGGUUUUGAAUGACACCCACAAGGAAGUGCGCAAUGCAGCCAACCGCAGUCUGCAACGCUUCGGCGAAGUUAUCAGCAAUCCUGAAGUCAAGAGCCUUGUCAACGUCCUUCUUAAGGCUCUGAGCGACCCUACUAAAUACACUGACGAAGCUCUCGACUCCCUCAUCAAGGUGUCCUUCGUUCACUAUCUUGACGCUCCGUCCUUGGCUCUCGUUGUUCGUAUCCUUGAGCGCGGUCUGGGCGACAGGUCGAACACGAAACGUAAAUCUGCGCAGAUCAUUGGCAGUUUGGCUCAUCUCACUGAGCGCAAAGACCUCAUCUCGCAUCUGCCAAUCAUUGUUUCUGGUCUUCAGCUGGCUAUCGUUGACCCUGUGCCCACUACCCGUGCCACUGCAUCCAAAGCAUUGGGUUCGCUCAUUGAGAAGCUUGGGGAGGAUGCUCUUCCCGAUCUCAUACCCAACCUUAUGGCCACGCUCAAAUCGGAUACUGGAGCUGGUGACAGAUUGGGAUCUGCUCAAGCUCUUUCAGAGGUUCUGGCAGGCUUGGGUACGACCAGGCUUGAGGAGACGCUGCCUACCAUUCUGCAGAAUGUCAGCAGCUCGAAACCAUCUGUUCGCGAAGGCUUUAUGACGUUGUUCAUCUUCCUUCCCGCUUGCUUCGGAAACAGCUUCGCUUCUUAUCUGAGCAAAAUUAUCCCCCCAAUCCUUUCAGGAUUGGCUGAUGACGUCGAAUCUAUUCGUGAGACGUCCCUUAAGGCUGGUCGCUUGCUAGUCAAGAACUUCUCCUCGAAGGCCAUUGACUUGCUUCUACCGGAGCUUGAGCGGGGUCUUGCGGACGAUAGUUACCGUAUCAGACUGAGUUCCGUCGAGCUGGUUGGUGAUCUUCUCUUCAGUAUCACUGGUAUUACGGCCAGGACUGAUGCAGAAGAGGAAGUGGAGGAAGCCGCUCAAGCCGGGCAGUCGCUUCUCGAAGUCCUCGGCGAGGAGAGGAGAAACAAGGUCUUGUCUGCGCUAUUCAUUUGCCGCUGCGAUACUUCUGGCCUGGUCAAGAGCGCCGCCAUGGGAGUGUGGAAGUCACUUGUCGCUUCGCCCAAGACCCUCAAGGAUAUGGUGCCGACAUUAUCCCAGCUCAUUAUCCGCCGCCUUGGCUCCUCUAACAUGGAACACAAAGUCAUCGCAAGCAAUGCUCUGGGAGACCUUAUCAAGAAGGCAGGAGAGUCUGUUCUCGCGACUCUGCUCCCUACUUUCGAAGAAGGCCUUCAGUCAUCCCCCGACGUGGAUGUCAAACAGGGUAUUUGCAUUGCAUUGAGAGAGCUCAUCACCUCUGCUUCCCCUGAGGCUCUUGAAGACUACGAAAAGGUUCUUAUCUCAACCGUUCGGGUGGCCCUGGUGGAUAAUGAUGAAGAUGUUCGUGAAGCUGCCGCCGAAGCGUUCGACGCUUUGCAACAGAUCUUGGGCAAGAAGGCUGUUGAUCAGGUUCUCCCUCAUCUCCUGCUUCUCUUGAGGAACAGUGAAGAGGCAGAGCAGGCAUUGUCAGCACUCCUGACGCUUCUCACUGAGCAGACGCGCGCCAAUAUCAUCCUGCCGAACCUCAUCCCUACUCUUCUCACUUCCCCUAUCUCAGCAUUCAAUGCCCGGGCUCUUGCCUCCCUGGCCGAAGUGGCAAGCAGCGCUAUGACACGUAGACUGCCUACGAUCCUCAACUCGUUGAUGGACAAUAUCGUGGCGACCAAGGAUGAGGAGCUUCGCCAAGAGCUGAGCAGUGCUUUUGAUACCAUCUUGGUGUCUGUUGACGAGUCCGACGGUCUCAAUGUGAUGAUAAAUGCUAUGAUGACUCUUAUGAAGCACGAUGAUCACGUUCGUCGUAAGACGGCCGCAAUUCACCUCAAGAACUUCUUCGCGAAUGCCGAGAUCGACUACUCUAGAUACCAUCAAGAUUUGAUCCGGGUCUUACUCAUCUCUUUCGAUGAUAGCGACAAGGAUGUUGUCAAGGCUGCGUGGGCGGCGCAGAGUGAGCUGACUUCUCAUUUGCGUAAGGAAGAGAUGGAGGUUCUUACGAUCCCCACGCGACAGGCGUUGCGCGCUGUGGGCGUCCCUGGCGCUAAUCUUCCGGGCUUCAGCCUCCCCAAGGGUAUCACUGCCAUUCUGCCUAUUUUCUUGCAGGGUCUCCUGAAUGGAAGUGUCGAGCAGCGUACGCAAGCUGCUCUUGCCAUCAGCGACAUCAUCGAUCGUACUGGUGCGGACUCUCUGAAGUUGUUUGUCACCCAGAUCACGGGUCCCCUUAUCCGUGUCGUGUCCGAACGGUCGGUGGACAUCAAGUGUGCCAUCUUCUAUACGCUUAACAAACUUCUGGAGAAGAUCCCACUGGCCGUCAAGCCAUUCUUGCCCCAACUUCAGCGGACGUUUGCCCGUGGUCUGGCCGACUCUACGAGUGAGACUCUGCGCAAUAGAGCCGCCAAGGGUCUUGGGAUUUUGAUCACGCUGACUCCUAGAGUCGACCCUCUUAUUGCGGAGCUCGUGACUGGAACAAAGACACCUGACCUUGGAGUGAGAAACGCAAUGAUGAAGGCACUUCAAGAGGUCGUCGGCAAGGCGGGCGCUAAUAUGAGCGAGGCUUCUAAGAAUGCCAUUCUUGCUCUUAUUGAUGAUGAUGCCAGCGAUCAGACCGAUGCCGUGGCUAUCACCAAUGCCAAGUUGCUUGGUGCUUUGGUCAAGGUGCUUCCGCCUGCCACUGCGGGUCCACUCAUCAAGAAUCGGGUGCUGACAGCCAAUGUUUCCCACUCUUCGAUUCUGGGUCUCAAUGCGCUACUUGUCGAGGCACCGUCAGCGUUGACUGAACAUUUUGCCGUGGAGACGCAAGCGGUGAUCUGCCAGGGAGUAACCCACAAGGAUCCUUUCAUUUCCGACAAUAGUGUUCUGGCUGCAGGCAAAUUUUUGUUGAUUGAGGACGAGCAUCGCAACUUUGAAGUCAAUAAAGCCAUCUUCGAAGCUUUGGCGCCUUGCAUCCAGCCUGACGCGCCUUCCGAUACACGGCGACUGGCCUUGGUGGUUGUACGAACGGUAAGCCGACUCCAUCCGGAGUUGACACGGCCACAUCUAGCUCUCCUUGCGCCGCCAAUUUUCGCCGGUGUGCGCGACAUGGUCAUUCCGGUGAAAUUGGCGGCUGAGGCUGCCUUCCUCGCAAUCUUUUCUGUGGUGGAGUCUGAAGGAGCGGUGUUUGAGAAGUACAUGGCUGGUCCGGGGGCUGAACUGGCGCCGGGACCCAAGCGGAGCAUGUCGGACUACUUCAAGCGUGUUGCCCUACGCCUUGCCAGCCAGGCGCGGGAGCGAAAGGAGGCCGAAGGUGGUCAGGGUGGCCUGGGCCUGUCCAAUGAUGAGGCUGAUGACGAGAAGGAAUUGUGGAGCAUUGGCAAGGUCGACCUUGGAGAGGGGUCGUUCGGGGACGAGUAAAGGACAUGAUGGAUGUAUAGGUGGCAUGAAUUAGACUUAUAUAUACCCUUUGUGUUUCGGCUGGGGUUCAGUCUGAUGCAGAGGGGGAAGUAACUAUAUGAGUGAAAAUGGAUAUAGUGAUGUUUUUCUG